AUGCGACGUAGUUGCCAAGAAGCCUGGGUAUCCAGGCUGGAGACGACAUUAUGUCCGGCGAAGAGUCCUCUUCCUCCUGGGCCUUCUCGCCCGAAGCAAACCGAUAUCGGCGGCAAUACUAGAACCCCGGACGAAGUCGAGCGGGAGAAGCGCCACCUCCACCGCGAGGGCGUUUUGCCGAGAUCCGAGCGACUGCAGCGAGAGCAUCGUCACAUCAAACUACACCAGAAAGAGGAUGCGGACGGGAAGAAGGCAUCAACGAACUUUGGCGUCCAUGAUGUGCCGGAUAUGACCAUCUCUCCUCACCACGUACUACCCAAGCAUGGCUUCUACGCCGCCACCAGCAUCAUCUCCAUGCUCUUUCUGGUGCUGGUCCUCAUCCUCGGCUGCGGCCUCGCAUGCAUUGACCAUCACGGACUGUCGUUCGGAGCCACACAUUCGUCACGAUAUCUCUUCGAUAUCACGACACUCCCCGCGGUACCCAAGUUCCCAGAGGUGGAUCUCGAUUGCAACACGUCUUACACUUCCACCUCGACAAUUCAAAGCAUCCAGGCUUUUGCGCCGAUGAGGCGAGUGAUGAAGAGGACAACGAUGCAAUCCGGGACAGGGUCGUAG